AUGCAUUGUGGGAAGCAGAAAUCUAUGACGUCCUCUUCUCUCUUUUCUAAACAGGUUUGGCCGGCGAUAACCUAACACAGUAUCAACAUGCAUUCAAUAUUGAUGAUUAUAUAGCUAAGAGAUAUUAGAUGUCUUUAUUUUGAGGAGUCGGGUUGUGUGAACAAUGGACGGAGACGGGGCCAGCAGUACUGGGGCCACUCCCUCAGAGGAGACGAAUGGUACUGGGAACCUGAUGGACUUCCUGGACGAGCCUUUCCCUGACGUCAGCACCUACGAAGACUUCCACACCAUCGACUGGCUCCGGGAGAAGUCACGCGACACAGACCGCCAUAGGAAGAUCACCACCAAGAGUAAGGAGUCUUACUGGGAGCUGAUUAAGAGUCUUCUGGAUGCCUGGUCAGGAUGGGUGGUGAUGCUGCUCAUAGGAAUGCUCACAGGCACGCUGGCUGGAGUGAUCGACCUGGCUGUGGACUGGAUGACCGACCUGAAAGAAGGGGUGUGUCUGUCUGCAUUCUACUACAGCCAUGAGCAGUGCUGCUGGACCUCCAACGAGACCACCUUCGACGACAGAGACAAGUGUCCGCAGUGGCAGAAGUGGGCCGAGCUGAUGACCGGUCACUCUGAGGGUGCCGGGGCGUAUGUGUUGAAUUACUUCCUGUAUGUGUUGUGGGCGCUGUUAUUCUCUUUCCUGGCUGUGUCUCUAGUAAGAGUCUUUGCCCCCUACGCCUGUGGGUCAGGUAUUCCUGAGAUCAAAACCAUCCUGAGUGGGUUCAUCAUCCGGGGGUACCUGGGGAAGUGGACCCUGUUGAUCAAGACGGUGACCCUGGUCCUGGCUGUGUCCUCCGGGCUCAGCCUGGGGAAGGAGGGGCCCCUGGUCCACGUGGCCUGCUGCUGUGGUAACCUCUUCUGCUCCCUGUUCUCUAAGUACAGCAAGAAUGAGGGCAAGCGCAGAGAGGUGUUAUCGGCCGCUGCUGCUGCUGGGGUGUCAGUGGCUUUUGGAGCUCCGAUUGGAGGAGUUCUCUUCAGCCUGGAGGAGGUGAGUUACUACUUCCCUCUGAAGACUCUGUGGCGCUCCUUCUUCGCUGCGUUGGUGGCGGCCUUCACCCUGCGCGCCAUCAACCCGUUCGGCAACAGCCGUCUGGUCCUGUUCUGUGAGUACCACACCCCCUGGUACAUGGCUGAGCUGGUCCCCUUCAUCCUGCUGGGGGUGUUCGGGGGCCUCUGGGGAACCCUCUUCAUCCGGGGGAACAUCGCCUGGUGUAGGAGAAGGAAGACCACUCUGCUGGGGAAGUACCCCGUCCUAGAGGUGAUCGUGAUAACGGGUAUCACCGCGGUCCUGGCGUUCCCUAACCCGUACACGCGGCGCAGCACCAGCGAGCUCAUCUCCGAGCUGUUCAACGACUGCGGUGCGCUGGAGUCCUCUCAGCUGUGUGACUACGUAAAUAACCCCAACAUGAGCCGCCCGGUGGAUGACAUCCCAGACCGCCCUGCUGGACCCGGGGUCUACAGCGCUCUGUGGCAGCUGGCCCUGGCGCUUAUCUUUAAGAUAGUUAUUACAAUCUUCACCUUUGGCAUGAAGAUCCCGUCUGGGCUGUUUAUCCCCAGUAUGGCUGUGGGGGCCAUCGCUGGGCGAAUCGUGGGCAUCGCUGUGGAGCAGAUGGCCUACCAUCACCACGACUGGAUCAUCUUUAAGAACUGGUGUCGUCCCGGAGCCGACUGUGUUACCCCAGGUCUCUACGCUAUGGUGGGCGCUGCCGCAUGUCUGGGAGGUGUGACCCGGAUGACCGUGUCCCUGGUGGUCAUUAUGUUUGAGCUGACCGGUGGUCUGGAGUACAUCGUCCCCCUCAUGGCCGCAGCCGUCACCAGUAAGUGGGUCGCGGACGCCUUUGGGAAGGAGGGUAUCUACGAGUCCCACAUCCAACUCAACGGCUACCCCUACCUGGACGUCAGGGACGAGUUCACGCACAGGACCCUGGCCACGGAUGUGAUGCGUCCCAGGCGCAGUGAGCCCCCCCUGGCCGUGUUGACCCAGGACAGCACCACGGUGGAGGACGUGGAGACUCUCAUCAAGGACACCGACUACAACGGCUUCCCUGUGGUCGUGUCCCGAGAGUCAGAGCGCCUCAUCGGCUUCGUCCAGCGCAGGGAACUCACUGUGGCCAUCAAGACUGCUCGUCAGAAGCAGGACGGGGUGGUGAGCAGCUCUGUGGUCUACUUCACGGAGGACAACCCCCAGGUGGCCGAGGCCUGCGACCCCCAGCCCCUGAAGCUGCGGCGCAUCCUCAACCUCAGCCCCUUCACUGUCACGGACCACACCCCCAUGGAGACCGUGGUGGACAUCUUCAGAAAGCUGGGCCUCCGACAGUGUCUGGUCACCAGAAGCGGGCGUCUGUUGGGCAUCAUCACUAAGAAGGAUGUCCUCCGUCACAUGGCCCAGAUGAUGAACCAGGACCCAGAAUCCAUCAUGUUUAACUAGUUGCCCAAGAAGAAGGAGCUUUAUUAUCCACAGCACCUCUUUGCCCCCCCCCCCCCCCUUAGACUGUAAAUAGUGAAACGCUACUGUAACCUGUAAUGAAGAAAAGUCACCUCUCAAAUACAGGCCCCCAGUGUUUAGAAUGUAGGGAUGGAGCAAGAGGGGUGAAGAAAGAGGGGGAUAAAUGCAACAAAGAAAAUUGACAAAUAAA